UCUCCUCGUCAAUCUUCUAAGUUCUAACCCUUUUCUUUCGCUCUCUCUCUCUCUCUCUCAUUUCCAAGAUCUCUCUCUCUCUGUAGCUCCUAGGGUUUUUUCUCUCUCUCUCUAGAAACAUGUCGACCGCUUUAGACAUGGCCCUGGACGAUAUUAUCAAGAGCAACAAGCAGUCCGGAUCCGGCGCUAGAGGCCGUAGCCGGGCGUCCGCUCCUGGUCCGGGACCAGCUCGCCGCAUCCCCAACCGCGCCGCCAACCGUACGGGGCCUUACGCCACAGCCAAGGCGCCAGAGUCGACGUGGCAGCACGAUAUGUUCAUGGAUGAGAAUUUGGGUCGAGCCUCUGCCAUAGAGACCGGGACCAAGCUCUACAUAUCCAAUCUCGAUUACGGUGUUUCCAACGAGGACAUUAAGGAACUGUUUGCUGAAGUUGGUGACCUCAAGCGUUAUUCAAUCCAUUAUGACAGGAGCGGGAGAUCGAAGGGAACGGCCGAAGUAGUAUUCUCCAGACGAGCAGAUGGUGUGGCAGCUGUUAAGAGAUACAACAACGUUCAGCUUGACGGGAAACCAAUGAAGAUAGAGAUUGUGGGAACAAACAUUGCAACACCUGCUGUGCCUCCAGCAGCUAAUGGCACUUUUGGAAAUUCAAACGGGAUUCCCCGAGGUGGACAAGGUAGGGGUGGUGCUCCAGGACGGCCACGUGGUAGCAGUGGUAGCAGUGGUGGCCGAGGCAUUGGAAGGGGUCGUGGACGUGGACGGGGAAGAGGCCGUGGUGAAAAGUUAUCUCAGGAAGAUCUUGAUGCCGACCUGGAAAAGUAUCAUGAGGAAGCAAAGCAGAAAGAUUAAAGGCAUUAUCAUGUUUUAUUGUUUGGCUAUUACAAUCUCCCGUGGCCUUCUGCUGUGUGGUGAUGCAACAAUCUCAUAUAUUUUGUGUAUCUCUACCAAAAUCCUACUUAAGAGAAAAGAGGAAAAAACUACCCGUAGAGUGAACUGUUAGAAUCUUUGUUAUAAGGCGUUUGGCCUGUUAAUGUCGAUUGUUCCUUUGACUUGGUAUACGUUAUGUGGGUUGAUGGACAGCUGUCACUAUGUAAUCUGAACCCGUGCUUUUGGCUUUUUAGCUUCCUAAGUUCUUUUUGUUA